AUGUCCCGUUUAGCCUCCCACCAUCUGGCCAGUGGCGAGCCGCAAGUCGCAGCCGCGGCGCCGGCGCUCCCGCUGCACCUUGCACGGGCCAGAGAGCACGUGAAAGCGACGCCUUGCGGCGACUGCAAUUGCCCCGAGGGGCAGGCCACCUCGCUGCUCUGGGCGAGCGCCGCGGUGGCCCUGUGCUCGGCGGGGGCUGGGCUUGCCGCGGGCUGCGCGGGCGCCAGCCUGCUGGGGCGUGCGCGCCAGGCCGCGGGGGCGGCUUGGGGGUGCCCGAGCGGCGCCAGCGGCGGCGGCGGAGAGUCGGCUUCCUCGGCCCGCGGGGCAGGAGGCCGCACCGCCAGGGCCGCUGCGCUCCCUGCGCCUGGCGCGCCCGCGGGGCCAUCCGUGACGGCCAUGGCUGCUAGAACUCUCGACAUCCGAGAGGCCCAGGUGCAGGUGCAUUACCCCGACGAGGAUCUGGAGUGGCACCACCGUGUGUUGCUGCAUCGGGUCGAGGGCGCCCUGUGGCUGGGCCCCACCCCCGACCACGAGAUUGUGAGGGUUGACCUCAGCGUCCUGCGACAUCACGCGUUGGAUCGGUCCUCGGCUUUCCCCGCCCAGUUCGCGCCGAUGGUGCACGCCUUCGACCCAGUCGACGGGCAAACGCUGCGAGACGCCAAGCGACAGGCCCAGCGACGGGCUGCGCUUCUGGGCGGGGGAGAGGUCGAGGACGCCGAGGAGUACGCGCGGUCGUUGGCGAGUGUCGCGGAUGCUCGCUGUGGUGAAGCUGUACCUGCCGAUGUCGUCGAGGAUGGCGACAGGUGCGUCACGCUCGGCCAUCGUGGAGUGCGCAUGAUCGACGGGGAGCCGCGUUUCGUGGAGCGGGUCUCUCGAGAUGAGCGGGACAGUUGGGUGCAGUCAUGCAGAGAGGACGUCGAGGACAUCCGCGUGCUGGGGGAUCACCGCUCACGAGUGGGCCGUCGGGAUCUAGACCUCAGGGAUGCCGUCGAGUCCAUGAGAGAGGUGACCGUCGAGGACUGGCCCGAUCAGGGGCCGCGAGCGUGCCUUGAGUACCUGAAGAGCAUCGCGCUGGGGGCUGGCAACCUGCUCACCUACCAGGCUGAGUGGCAGCGGCUCAGCGGAGUGGCAGAGGGCGGAGCUCAGGGACACGAGCAUCGCUGCCACCUCGAGACGCUGCGGAGGGCGAUCUGCCACGACCAGCUGAAUGUGGUCAACUUGACGUGCUUCGAGCAUGUCGUGCGGCGGGUCAUCCAGGUCGAGAUGGCCGUGGAGAAGAACCCGCGGCACCCCGACUUCAGCGGGCUGGGGGACGUGCUGGCCGGACCGCGGUCGGCGAGCGGCUCAGCCCAUGUGCCGCGGCACCUCGAACACCCCGCGUCUGGCACGCACCGCCGUCCAGGAGUCAGCGAGCUGCCAAAGAAGCAUUGGUGGCCGGACGGCCACUGGCUCCACAAUGAUCCAUUCCCGCUCCCCAUACAGUACGAGGAGGAGCGGCCGACGGGAGCGGCCAGGUCCACGGCGCGUAGAUGGCACCACAGGGCCAAGAAGCAAGAGCGGGUUAGAGAGACGGUUGAGGCCCUCGACCACCUCGCUGCUUCCAAGACGAAUUCGAUUGAUGGCAAGGUUCAUCGCGUGCGUCCACGGGGGGGGCCGCCGACUGCGGUCCAAAGGAGUGCGCUAGCCCACGUGGUUGCGGGGGUCAACGGCUAUGGCGAGCCUCCUCGUGAAGCGACGGAUGGUGAGUGGUCCCUCCGGGCGAUCCUCAAGUCCGCCGACCAGUAUGAGCUGGAGCCGCGGCACCUGGCGAGCUACGACCCCGACAAGCUGCACAUCGCGUCCGGCGCGUUGCGGCCUGUCCCCGUGUCGGCCUUGCUCCCAGAGGCUGCGGCUGGGUAUUUGAGACACUUCGAGAGCCAGGUGGGGCUGACCGCGCCGGAGCUGGAGUCCCGGCUACAGACCGCGGGAGGGCUCCCGACACCUUACUGGGACCCCGCCCUCCGCGGAGAUCGGUCAGCUCGCCGCGAUUUUGUCCGCCGGCUGGCGGCGGCAGGUGCUGUGGGAUUCCGCAGGGCGAUCAAGAGCCGCUGUGGAGCUUUUUUCGUGCACAAGAAAGACGGUCGCAUUCGGUUUAUUUGUGAUGCUCGACAGGCGAACCUCUGCCACCGACGGCCCCCACGGACCGUGCUGGGUGGGCCCGCCUCCCUGAGCGAGCUGGACCUCAGCCCCCUCGCCGAGGCCCUCGGCGGCUACGGCGGGGCGCUGGAGCUGCCCCAUCGACCUCCACGCGAGCGGGGCCUCGACAUCACCCACGUCUACGACGACGACCUCAAGGGGCCCACCCCAGUGCGGACGGGUGAGUUGCUCUAUCCCGUGAUGCGGGCGCUGCCCAUGGGGUGGUCGUGGGCCCUCCACUUUGCGCAGGAGGCUGUCACCACUCUGGCCGAGCGUGGAUGUCCAGGGGGCAGCGAGCAGCUGCUCCAGGACAAGCGCCCCGCCCCCCUCCUUCGACCCGGACGUCCCGUCAGCGCCGUGCACGUGGACAACUUCACGGGCCUGGGCGGCUGCCAGGAGGACGCCGCAUUCGGGGUGAGGGGCUUCGAAAAGGCUGCCGCGGACGCGGGGCUAAAGCUCCACGUGCCCGAGGUCGCGUUCGCCGAGCUCGAGUCGCUGGGGCUCGGGAUCCCCGUGUCCGACAAGACGCUUAGGCACACGCCGCAUCGAGUAUGGCGAUUUCACUUCGGGACCAAGGAGCUCCUCCGGCGCGGGCGCUGCUCGCCUGCCGAGCUGCGGGCUUGGGCGGGGCACGCGGUCCACCUCUUCUCGCUACAGCCGCUGCUGCUGUCGAUCCUGCAGGACACGUACACCUUCAUCGGGAACGGGCUCGGUGCACGGCGACCUCUGCCUCGCGGAGUUCGGCUCGAGCUGCGCCUGGCCGCCGCGCUGGUCUUCUUGGGGGGUGUCAACCUCGCGGCCCCCGACGACGAUGAGGUGCACGUCUCCGACUCGUCGACGGGCGGCCACUGCCUGAUGUACGGGCGCAAGCCCGCUCGGGCGCUACGGGGCCUCCCAGCGGAUGACGAGCUGGAGAUCCCCAAGUUCGCUGACGUGCAGCUGCGUGCCGGACGGUCGGCGGGCGCUUGGUCCUCGACCGAGCUGGGUCAGCUAGCCUUUCGCAAGGUUGGCCGGACUCGGCGUCGGCAAGGCUGCAGCGCUGUGGGCGGUCGGCACCGCCAGGAGGUGGAGCUCCUGAAUGUGGCCCCGAAGCUGCCCGUGGCGCUGACGCGCGACGAGGGCUGGCGACGAGCAGUGGCCGGGCGGUGGCAGCACCCCGAGGAGCACAUCAAUAUCAAGGAGGCGAGGGCGUGCGUCAUGGGGUUGCGCAGGAGCUGUCGGGGCCCUCGGCACCACGGCCAUCGGGUCCUGUCGCUGCGCGACAACAUGGUGACGUGCUGCUGCCUCGACAAGGGGCGGUCGACCUCCAGGGCGCUGAACACACAGCGCCGACGGGCCGCCGGCUACGCGCUGGGUUGUGGGAUACGAUGGCGCGCCCGCCACGUCCCAACCGACCUCUGCGUGGCUGACUUCGGCUCGAGGCUGCACGAACCACCUGAGCCUCAGUGGCUGUGCGCGGCGAAGGCCCGCCGAGAGACAGCUCUCGAGCGCAGCGUUGGGGACCGCUCAGCGUCGGCCGAGGCCGGACAUGCUCGCGAGCCAGAGUCGGCAAAAGUCUUCCUGGAGCUUCUCGGGCACUGGAGGCUUCACGAGGUGGUCCGUAUUUGUCAGAGGUGCAACGUCCUGUGGUCCAUCGAGAAUCCUGCGUCGUCGGGGUUGUGGAGCUUCCCUCCGGUCGGGGGCCUGGCUGGGCUGGCCGGGGCUCGCUGGGUGAAGUUCCCGAUGUGCGCCUACGGGGUCCCGCGCCAGAACUGGGCUGCGUGCCUGGCCAAGGCGGCCCCCACCACGGCCUUCGGUGCCUCUCCGCCGUUUGUGGAGGCAUGGGCCGGCGAGCUGGAGGCCCUGGUGCCGCGGCGGCUUCGCGGCGCCGCUGAGGGCGAUGCUCGGCCGGCUGACACGACAGCGGGCGGCGACGCGAGCUGUGCCCGGGCCGACCGCUACCUCGCGGAGCGCGGUGUCCUCUUCGGGAACACCAGCGCGGUCGAGCGGGCCGCCGCCCGGGCCCGCCACGCGGCCGCCGCCGGCCGCUCGCGGGCAGACUACCUCAAGCUGAAGGGCGUGUCGGAGGCGACCCUCGCACUGUACAGGAAAGGAGUUGAUGAGUUUGAAUCUUGGUGCCGACUGAACGGGCGCCAGAACAACAACUUGGUCAAUGUUGAUGCCAACCUCGUUGGCUGGAUGACAGAGCUGUACUUCGCUGGCACGGGGCCAGCAACUGGCCGCAACGGGCUCUUCGGGCACCUGCUGCUGCGCGGGGACAACCACGAGUCUGGGGUCGGCCGGGUGCGGCUCCCACGAGCCCGUCGGCAGCUCAAAGGCUGGUGCAAGAGCGACCCAGGGGCUGUUGGCAUGCCCUACCCGCUCUCCGUGCGCUGGCAGCUCCUGGCCGACGGCGAGCCGAGGCUGGCGGCGCUCGCGGUGAUCCAGACGGACUGCUACCUCCGGCCCUCGGAGGCGCUGGCGCUCAGGCCCGAGGACGCGCCGGUCGGCUGCGCCGACGCUGGGGCCGAGUACGCCGGCAAAGUCGUGCUCCACCUCGCCCCGGGCGACCGCGGACGGCCGACCAAGACAGGCAUCUCCGACGACGCCGUAGAGGACCUCGACCUCCUCGCGGCCCUCGCAGGCCGCGCAGGAGAUCUGGAGUCGCCCAACAAUUACCAGUCGGACAACUGGGAGGUGGAGAUGGACAGGCAGCGCCUGCACAUUGCCUACUUCUCCGAGCAGCUCACGCGGCAGGGGGGAUCCUACGCGGAGCUGGCGGACAAGCCGGCGUCUGCGGCGCGCCCCGACGCGCCCGCACCUGAGGCGCCCAAACUCAACAUCGAGGACCUGGUCGCUGGCACGUUAAAUUCGUUCCAGAUCGACCUCGGCAAGAUCCUCUCUUUCGCCGGCGGCGACGACGAGUGCGAAGCUUCCAAGUUGCAGGAGCUCGACCGUCGCCAGAAGCAGCUCGCUGAAGGCCUCUCCGAGCUCUCUACGCGUCUCUUCUCAGAGGCUCUGGCUAAGCGCAAUGAUAAGUACAGGCAGCUGGCCCACAAGGACUUGGCAGCGCGGAUCCUGGGAGUUUAUAUCGCGCCGUUCCAGUUGAAUUUGUUUCGCGAGGCGCGCCGCGAGACGCCUCGGACCUCGUACGACGUGACGCUGGACGGGUAUAAGGGAACAUCGUGCUCAGUGUCGCUGGUCCGGCUGAACGACGAAUGCAGGCAUCGUGUGGUCAACGUCGAGACCCGGGCCGGAGAGGCCCGCAUCGUGUGGAGCAGAAGCUACGUGCUGGACGGCAGCGUCGCCUUCCAGCCCGCCGCGCAGAAGCUCGUGUGGCAUCCCCUCCCGGAGCUCCGGCACAAGAAGAAGCCCUUCAUCUGGCACCGCUCCGAGGCCGCCGGGCAUCCGGGCAAGCAGGAGAGCGCCGGGGGCGGCGCAGGGCGACGGCGCGGCUUGGGAGGACGAGGGACGGCGCCUACGCCGAGUGGUGGCGCCCUUCCGACGCGCACGGGACCGCGCAGGCCUCGGGCUGGCCGGCCUGGCCGGGCGCGCCGGCGGCGCAGCGCGGCCCGCAGGCCGCGGGGGGCCACGAGCGGCACGGCCGGGCCAGCUGGCAGCAGGGCGCCCAGGGCCCGCAAGCGGCGCAGGACGACGUGGCCGAGUUGGUGGGAUACCGCCGACGCCCAGCUCCCGCAGAGCGACGCGCCUGCCGGCGCCGAGGACCUCUGGGACACGGACGGCCCCGCGGCGGACUGGCCGCACUGGCGGCCCCGUGGACACCACCAGGGCACGGACGGCCACGCCAGUGGUUGGCGGCACUGGUGGCCCGGCGCGCAGGGUGAGCUGGGCGAUGCCAGAGGUUGGGAGGAGUGCGCGGCCGCGGAGUGCCCGGCAGAGGGGCUUGAGUGGGGCGACCGCUGGGCGGCGCAGGGCGAGGACCAUGGAAUGGCAUAUUGAGGCCCUCUUGGGCCGCUCUUACGCGCCACCUGGAACGACGCUUCUGCGGAUGCGGUCGGCGCUUGGUGGCAGAAUGCUCGAGACGCUUGCGCGGCACACCCGCCAUUGGCAGCAAUUGUCUCCGAAGCGUGGCGAGCAUCGCAUGGUCGCUCUCCUGGUGUUGGUUUGUCUCUUCCCCUCCAUUAUCUUCUCCCCUUCUCGCUCCCCCAUCCCAUGCCCCCUCGGCUCGUGCAUUCUGCUUACUCACCGGCCUCAUGUCUCUCGAAAUUCACUUUUUCUGCAGUCCCUAUCGCUCUUAGAGCUGUGCACUGCUGCUCGUUGGUACGAAUAUGGGCGCUUUUGUAUCAUGCCGCAUUCUCCUAGAGAUCAGCGAUUGUCUAGCUUACUCUUGGUCUGGGCGGGGUUUUAAGCAGCCGAUGCGCGCGACAGCCGCUUGUGGCGACCGCGCUGCCCACUCUCCCUCCUCUUUGUCCUCUUCCUCCGUCGUCGUCGUCGUCCCCUUGACGUCCGCCCUCUGGACCUGCACGACCUACCGUAUGCCCUGCUGCGGCGCUGGACUGUUUUUCUCUUGCUCUGGCCACGGGACGGUCGCCCGUCGUGUGGCCAGUGCCUCCUAGCCCAUGGGGCUGCUGGCGGUACUCUUUCGGUCAGUGAGGUCUCCCUCACUGCCAGCAGCGGUUUCCCAGCCGCCGCUGCUGUGCUUUUUUCGCCAAGGCUGUUCGGGCGUUGAGCUCAACA